AUGGCCCUCUCCAACCCAUUCUCGUCUUCAGAUGCCCCGUCGGCCUCGCGAAAUGCGACGUCCGCCGACAUGAAGGCUGCUGUCAUGCAGCAAGUUCAAGCUGAAGCUGCGUUGAACAAUGCUCGGGCCCUCAUGGAGAAACUGAAUAUGAAUUGCUUUGAGAAAUGCGUUCCAACGCCACCCGACUCCUCGUUAUCGUCGAAAGACCAGGCCUGCCUCAAAUCCUGCAUGGAGAAAUACAUUUCACUAUGGAAUGCCACCAACAAAGCAUACAUCGGGCGACUAAAUCGGGAAGCUCAGAGCGGCAGAUUGAACGGUGAUUCUAGCUUUGGCGGAUUCGGCACAUCCGGUGGUAGUCUGUAA